CACAGUUCUUUCACUCAUAAACCUCUGCUUUGUACUAUUGUGUACUUUUAAAGCAGAACACCGAAAUAUUUAUAUUUUGUGUGAAAUACGUUCGAACCGCUGUAUAUUUGAGCGAAUUUACAUAAAAACAAUCAUCAAUUGUAAUCUACCCGAAAGAAAUAUUGUAAUAGUCUAAAUCGUAUUGCUGCUUCAUGUUCCAUCAUGAGUGACUAUUCAGCGGUUGCUCCGCCUCAAAAUUUUAGUCAAAGCUCCGCGUUUGCGGCGGCUUUGCAACGUGCAAAACAAAUAGCUGCUAAGAUUAAUCCUGCUGGUGCUCAAAAUAAUCAAGAUGCCAAGUUAAAGCGUCCUCUUGAAGACGGCUCAGUUAUCCUUCCAGAACCUGAAGCAAAGAAAAUGGCAUCAUUAGUGGCAGAUCCAUUGAUUGGACUUCGUGGUCCACCAGGAAGUAAUUCAUUAGGAGAUUCGAGCAAUCAAAGUGGGAGGACAGGACCAACGGGAUCGUCCUCAGGACCAAUUGGGAAUGUAGGAGGUAUUUGUAAUGAAGAUAUCAGAGUUCCAGAUAAAAUGGUUGGUCUAAUAAUUGGCAGAGGCGGGGAACAAAUAACAAGAUUACAAAGUGAAACAGGAUGUAAAAUACAGAUGGCACCAGAAAGUGGUGGGCUACUUGAACGUGUUUGCACAUUAACUGGCUCGCGAGAAGCUGUCAAUCGAGCUAAAGAAUUGGUACUAUCGAUUGUAAAUCAAAGAAGUAGAACCGAAGGGAUCGGUGAUAUGAAUAUGAGUGGGAGUAACAGUGGAAUGAUGGGGCACCCUGGAUUCGUCGAGAUAAUGAUUCCUGGACCGAAAGUCGGCUUGAUCAUUGGAAAAGGAGGGGAAACGAUAAAACAGCUUCAAGAGAAAUCUGGAGCUAAGAUGGUUGUUAUUCAAGAGGGACCUUCUCAGGAACAAGAAAAACCUCUGAGGAUAACUGGUGAUCCACAAAAAGUUGAAUAUGCCAAACAAUUAGUAUAUGAAUUAAUAGCUGAAAAAGAAAUGCAAAUGUUUCAUAGAGGCACAAGAACUAGCGAUAGGAGCGGAAGUUAUUCGAAUGAUAGUAAUUUCAAUCAUGGUUCUGGAACCACUGAUGGAGUGGAGGUACUUGUCCCAAGAGCAGCGGUGGGUGUUGUUAUUGGUAAAGGAGGAGAUAUGAUUAAAAAAAUACAGGCAGAAACUGGUGCAAGGGUUCAGUUUCAACAGGGAAGGGAGGACGGUCCCGGAGAUAGGAAAUGUAUAUUGUCUGGAAAACAUCAGGCUGUAGAACAAGUUCGUCAACGUAUUCAAGAACUUAUUGAUAGUGUAAUGAGAAGAGACGAUGGUAGAGGUAAUAUGGGAGCAAGAAGUGGUCCACGAGGUAACGGAUUCGGCGGUAACCGCAAUCCGAACGAAUACGGAGGAUGGGAUAGACGUCAAGGAGGACCCAUGCAAGAUAAAAUAGAAACAACAUUUACCGUUCCGUCGUCAAAGUGUGGUAUUAUUAUUGGAAAAGGCGGCGAAACAAUUAAGCAAAUAAAUCAACAAACUGGAGCACACUGUGAAUUAGAUAGAAGAAAUCAAAGUAAUGAGAAUGAAAAAAUUUUCAUAAUUCGUGGCAAUCCUGAACAAGUCGAACACGCAAAGAGAAUAUUCAGUGAAAAACUGGGCAUGGCGCCAGCUAAUCCGUCGUUUACUGGCGCACAAGGAGCGAUUGGAUAUAAUCCAACCUGGAAUACUGGAACGGCUUAUCAGGCAUGGCCAAAUCAACCUCAAACAACUGAUACUAAUGCACCUAAUCAAGCACCUGUUCAAGUGAACCCACAAACUGGACAGCCAGAUUAUAGCGCGCAAUGGGCAGAAUAUUAUAGAUCGCUUGGUAUGCAUCGAGAAGCAGAUAUGAUCGAGCAACAAGCGAAGCAAGGAAAACAAGAUCAUAAUCCACCGACAGGAAAUCCACCGAAUCAAGCUAACCCCUCGUCAACUGGUACUGCUGGGCCAGCUCAACAACAGCAACAACAAUCGCAACCACAGCAAACGGGAGCUACACAAAAUGGAGGUCAAGCCGACUACAGUGCACAAUGGGCAGAGUACUAUAGAAGUAUUGGUAAAAUAAAAGAAGCUGAAGCUAUAGAAGCUCAAAUGAAAGCAGGAAAGUUGGGAAUGCAGAACAAUCAAAUGGCUCAACAACAAAUGCAACAAGGCAUGCAAGGUCAGUCAGGUCCAGCGGGCGGAGCUCCCAAUGUCUUUCCACAAGCUUAUGGUAGUUAUCCAACGAUAAAUCCUGGUUCGACUCCGACGGGGUAUUACGCGGCUGGGGCUGGAUCUACUACGCAACCGCAAGCUGGCCAACAAAAUCCAUCUUUUCCCACGGGCUAUCAGAACUAUCCCUAUUCGCAAACGAAUACAGAAAGUUAAACUUCCAUCAAGGAAAACAUAAACUAUAGUUUUCAGAUAGUUUCGCAACGGGAUGUGGUUAAUGCCUGCUGUAACUUCAUACACUGUUUACGAUAAAUUACGAUAGUUGAUCGCUUCGCAAAACUCAUAAACUUUGAAAAAAUGCCACUAGUACCGACUAUGGUCUAUUUAUACUAUAAUAUUUUGUGUUUUAUAUACAAAGAUAUAUAUACAUAUUGUAGGAUAUUCAUGGUUUUAAUUUUAAGUAAUGAAAAAUGCCCGAAAUUUAUCAUUAUAAUAUAAUAUCGACAUGAUGUCUACUUUGUGUUCUACUUAUACUAUUGUAUGUAUUUUUGUUCCAUAACACCUGAUUGUAAUAUAAAUUCAAACUGGCAGGUGAAGCAGCAGGUCAGAAACAGGAACGAGGAAUCCACAACAAAUACCCAUAUUAUUAUGCUUCCCAUUUGUCAUAAAAGAUACUAAAAAAUUAUCCUUACAAAUGUAUUGAUAAGAGAUACAUCUAGAACUUAUUUCAAUAUGUCAUUAUUUAUGUUUCACUGUCUCAUUCAUGAAACAUUCGUCUUUAGAAAAUUAGAAAAAAAAAAAAACCUUUAUAGUGUAAAUGGUUGUAAAAGUCAGCCAAAAUUCGUUUCUAUUGUCUAUGAAUUGUUUUAUCUAUUAUGUAUGCAAGAGAAUAUGAUACACGUAUGAUGGUCUACGUACACGCAUAUACUAUUAUAACAAUACUAAAUACAAUUUUACCUUGGUUCCUUUGCUUUUUCUUGUCAAGUACCACUACUAUUUUUAGAUUUUUGGAGCUGCCAAUUGUAGGGACGUUUACCCGUUCUUCGAUAAAUUUCAAGCGGAUCCACUAUUUUAAAUCUUUCAUUCAGCAUUCUGUGUGUUUACAUUCAAAGGAAUCAGGAC